AUGGUACUGCGUGUCGACAAGGAGAAGGGGUAUAUUGAUCUCAGUAAGCGGCGCGUCUCUGCUGAAGAUGUAGCGAAAUGCGAAGAGCGUUACAACAAAGCCAAGGCGGUACAUCGUGUGAUGCGGCAUGUAGCAGAUAGACAAGGGAAAAGAUUAGAAGAGUUGUAUGAGAUGGUCGGCUGGCCAUUGUAUCGAAAAUAUGGCCAUGCAUAUGAUGCAUUGAAACUCUGUCUAUCGGGCGAUGAUGACGAUGUCCUUCAAGUUUGCCCAAACAUUGAGAGCGCCACUAAAAACUGCCUGUUGGACUUCGUUAAGAAAAAACUCUCCCCACAGCCUAUCAAGGUCCGAGCAGAUCUUGAGGUCACUUGCUUCUCAUACAGUGGUAUCAAUGCAAUCCGUGAAGCACUUAUCCACGGCCAACGUGAGUGUGUAGAUGUGUGUCCAAUCCAGAUCAGGCUAAUUGCCCCUCCAAUGUAUGUCUUGACCACCAUGACUUUGGAUAAAGAGCUUGGUAUUCAGACCUUAACAUUAGCUAUUUCUGCCAUAACUGAAAAAAUCCUUGAAAGAGGUGGAAAAAUUGAUAUCAAAAUGUCCCCAAAGGUCGUGUCAGCGCGCGAAGAAACCGAGCUUCAAAUCAUGAUGGACCGUCUGGCCCAAGAAAACGCGGAGCAGGACGGUGAUGAAGAUGAAGAUGCGGAUUGUCGGUGACCACUAUUCAAAUUUCAUCAGUAUCUGAAUGCUAGAAAUCGAUUCUAUCACCAGUCAUGGUGUGCAAAAUGGCAUCAACUUCCAGUGGUGCGAUCUCCACUCGUCGUAG